CGAUAGCUGGCGCCACACAGCAGUCAUGCGCGAACUACCAACUACCAAACACUAAUGUAAUCGUAAUUGAUUGUAAGUGGCGUGAUGUGAUUUCUAAUUAUUUCUAAUAAAUAAACGUGCGCGCAAAAUGGCAAUGUUUACUUUCAACGUGACAACUAAAUUGACUCGCGCCCCCAUUCUCUUGAAUUUCGUACGUCAUAAUAUGUUUAGAAAACGGAAACCUAAAUGGAAGGACGCGGAGGGUAAUUUCGAGGGAAAAAAAUAUGCAAACGUUACGUAUUUUCCAAGACAACCAGAUCAUGUUGAUCCACCAUUUGAGCCAAGCAAGUUACUAUUAGUAACCCGGGUAAAGGAGUUUGCGGGUAAUCCUUGGUGGGAAAAAGAGGUGCUCGAAGACUUAGGUUUCAAAGAUGAGAAACACGGAAAUGCUCCAGUGAUUGUAAAAAACACGCCAGAGGUAUGUGCCAUGCUCUGGAAGGUAAAGCAUCUGGUAAAGAUCGUUCCCAUAAAGUUACCCGAUAAACUGCCAACCAUGGACGAUCUAAAUGGCACAUAUUUACACGAGAAUGGCACGUUUUAUGUUAUACCGAGAAUAGAUCCUGCUCGCGAAGAAGCCGUAGAACAGUUUGUAAAUGAUCCAAAGAAGCUGAAUCGCGAUGUUAUACAAGACAAACUGAGACUUAAGUGGUUAAAAGGACUUUCUAUGUAAUAGAAUUUGAUAGUAAAAUUAAAUACUUGUUAAUGAGUCAUUUAUAUAAAUUUA